AUGAGAGUCUGAGCCGCAAGAACAGGUGAAUGAUUACUGAAUUACUGUAGGACUACUGUUAAUGCCGUCGUCUAAAUUUAUCCGUUAUCUUGAUCCCAUAAUAAACAAAUAGUGGAUGUUUUCACGCGAACGGUCCAAUUAACUUUAAUGGGAGCCCAAAUAAAAAUCGGAGAUACGUGACAAAAAGAGGUCGACAACUCGUCAAAAGCCUGGAAUUAGCAGCAAGGUUGAGCUGAGAGUGGCACCAUGUUGUCGGGGGAGGAGAUUCUGUGCAGCACGCGGCAAGUGAUCGCGGGCCUGGAGGCGCUUCGUGGUGAGAACCACACCCUCCUGGACGACCUGCAGAAGGUGCUGGAGGGCCGGCCGGUGGCCGACAGUGGCAGUGUGGAGCAGGAGAAGAGUGGGAUCAUCCGCCAGUCUCUGGAGAGGAUAGAGCUGGGCCUGGGAGAGGCACAGGUGAUGAUGGCUCUGUCGGCCCACCUGGGCUCCCUGGAGGCGGAGAAGCAGAAGCUGCGGACCCAGGUACGGAGGCUGUGCCAGGAGAACCAGUGGCUGAGGGACGAGCUGGCCGGGGCCCAGCAGAGGCUACAGGACAGGGAGCAGGUGGUGGUCACGCUGGAGGAGCAGAACAGACACCUGCAGUUCAUGAGCAGCAUCCGCAAGUACGACCAGGAGGAGCCCCCACCGGAAGACAAAGAGACUGGCUCCACCAAGGAGUCCCUAGAUGACCUUUUUCCCACGGACGAGGAGGAACAGUCACAGAUAUCUCAGCCCCACGGUAGCAGUGCGGCAGCAGCGGCCCAGCAGGGAGGCUAUGAGAUCCCGGCCCGCCUGAGGACCCUUCAUAACCUGGUGAUCCAGUACGCCUCCCAGGGCCGCUAUGAGGUGGCCGUGCCCCUCUGCAAACAGGCCCUGGAGGACCUGGAGAAGUCCUCAGGCCACAGCCACCCUGAUGUGGCCACCAUGCUCAACAUACUGGCCCUGGUCUACAGAGACCAGAACAAGUACAAAGAGGCGGCGAACCUCCUGAAUGACGCAUUGGCCAUCCGGGAGAAGACCCUGGGCAUAGAUCACCCUGCGGUGGCAGCCACACUCAACAAUCUUGCUGUACUGUAUGGAAAGAGAGGGAAGUACAAGGAGGCUGAGCCACUGUGUAAGAGAGCCCUGGAGAUCAGAGAGAAGGUGUUAGGCACAGACCACCCUGACGUGGCAAAGCAGCUGAACAACCUGGCGCUGCUGUGUCAGAACCAGGGCAAGUACCAGGAAGUGGAGCAGUACUACGAGCGUGCCCUGCACAUCUACCAGAGCAGGCUGGGCCCCGACGACACCAACGUGGCCAAGACCAAGAAUAACCUGGCUUCAUGUUACCUGAAACAAGGGAAGUACAGACAAGCUGAGGCUCUGUAUAAAGAGAUCCUGACCCUGGCCCAUGAAAAAGAGUUUGGAUCUGUGGAUGGUGAGGUGCGGGAUAUCUGCACCCACACGGAAGAGGAGGGCUCCAUGCAGGAUGGGCUGGGCAGUCUGAAGCGCAGCGGCUCGUUCACCAAACUCCGCGAGUCGAUACGCAGGAGCAGCGAGAAGCUGGUCAGGAAGCUGAAAGGAGUCGGAACUCAGGAUACCACCCCUCCGACUCCUGGGAUGAAAAGGGCUAAUUCUCUGAAUGUGCUGAACGUGGGUGCGAGGGAGCGGCAAGAAGCGGCAAGGGGCACCAGCGACCUAACAGAGAACCGAACCCUGAGCUCCAGCACCCAGAGCCUAGCACGGCGAGGGUCCCUCAGCUACACGUCUGAACACUAGCCCCCCUCCCAACAAUCAGGAAGUACUCAUACAGCUCUGGCCCCGACUCCACUCUCUGUCUGUGGAUUGGCCUCUUGCGCCUACAUGGGUCACUCCACCCCUUCCCUGUUUAAAUCGAACACUGAUCCAUUAUCAGUUGAGGUUUGUUUACUGCACUAUGUUGUAGCUGGGGGAGGCCACUGGUACUCCUUGCCUGCUGUCUGCUAGUUUCAUCCCCUGGUGCCCCAGUUCUGGGGUAUAGAUUAGGAUACACACAGCAAUGAGGGCUGGUUUUGAGUGACGCAGAUGGUAUCCAUUUCAGACCAGUUUAAUCUGGAAAUGAAAUUACAUGUAGGUUUUUUAAGGAUUUAGUAAUGCUCUGUUGUGAUUUACUGUACAAGGAGGGAAAUGCUUGAAUUCUUCAAUGAUUGAUUGUUCACAAUUAUGAACAUGUUUAUUUCUAUUAAGGUAGUGUCUGAAGCUAUUGGAUAUUAUCUAAAUGACUGUAGCUAUGCAUGAAAAAAAUACCUUAUUUAUACAAUGUGUUUUUUAAAAUGCGUUACAUUCUGAUUUUAUCUUCUUGUGUUCAUGUUUACCAGCAGUUCUCGUGUUUUUGGCACUAGAUGAUUUUAAUUCCAAAACACUGAUCUGCACAAGCACAAUUAAAACAGAUUUACUAAUAUACAGUGGGGAGGAUAAGUAUUUGAUACACUGACGAUUUUGCAGGUUUUCCUACUUACAACGCAUGUAGUUGUAGUUGUAAGUCUGUAAUUUGUAAGUUGUAAGUCUGUAAUUUUUUAUCAUAGGUACACUUCAACUGUGAGAGACGGAAUCUAAAACAAAAAUCCUGAAAAAUCACAUUGUAUGAUUUUUAAGUAAUUCAUUUGCAUUUUAUUGCAUGACAUAAGUAUUUGAUACAUCAGAAAAGCAGAACUUAAUAUUUGGUACAGAAACCAUUGUUUGCAAUUACAGAGAUCAUACGUUUCCUGUAGUUCUUGACCAGGUUUGCACACACUGCAGCAGGGAUUUUGGCUCACUCCUCCAUACAGACCUUCUCAAAUCCUUCAGGUUUCGGGCUGAUCCCUCACCUUCCUCAUGAUCAUUGAUGCCCCACGAGGUGAGAUCUUGCAUGGAGCCCCAGACAGAGGGUGAUUGACCGUCAUCUUGAACUUCUUCCAUUUUCUAAUAAUUGCACCAACAGUUCUUGCCUAUUGUCCUGUAGCCCAUUCCAGCCUUGUGCAGGUCUACAAUUUUAUCCCUGAUGUCCUUACACAGCUCUCUGGUCUUGGCCAUUGUGGAGAGGUUGGGGUCUGUGUGAUUGUGUGUGGACAGGUCUUUUAUACAGGUAACAAGUUCAAACAGGUGCAGUUAAUACAGGUAAUGAGUGGAGAACAGGAGGGCUUCUUAAAGAAAAACUAACAGGUCUGUGAGAGCCAGAAUUCUUACUGGUUGGUAGAUGAUCAAAUUCUUAUGUCAUGCAAUAAAAUGCAAAUGAAUUACUUAAAUCAUACGUGAUUUUCUGGAUUUUUGUUUUAGAUUCCGUCUCUCACAGUUGAAGUGUACCUAUGAUAAAAUGUACAGACCUCUACAUGCUUUGUAAGUAGGAAAACCUGCAGUGUAUCAAAUACUUAUUCUCCCCACUAUCUCGUGAAUGUGGUGCACAAUCUGUGUAUUGGCUUCCAUAUUAGGAUAUGGUAAAGGACUCUCCUUAGUCCACAAUAUUACAGCAAAAUCUCUACUUCCCAGUCCAGCUGUAGAAUGCUAAGUAAUUGUCUAAGGCUUGGCAUUCUGUGAAAUAUGUUUAGCCAAUUUCAUUAUGAGCAGAUAUAAAAAGGGGCUCCCAAGUGGCACAGUCUAAGGCACUGCAUCUCAGUGCUAGAGGUGUCACUACAGACCCUGGAUAGGGCGUUGUUAGGGUUUGUAAAUAAGAAUUUGUUCUUAACUGGCUCGCCUAGUUAAAUAACAAAACGUUUUUGAUGGCCCAUAAGUAAAAGCACCUACAGUAUGUGCCUGUAUGUAAUCUCUUAUUUUUAAAUUUGUCUUAGUUUGGGAUACAUUUACAUUUUUUGGGGAUAGCUGGCUCUAAUUUAAAUUCCUUCUGGAACAUGUUUUAAAAUGAUUUGAUUUUGGUUGAUGUAGCCUAUGCAUCUCAUUCAAGAUGUUAGCAAGUCAAGAGUAAAUAUAUGCAAUUUGAGGGACAAAAAGUGAUUGUUAAUUCACUGUGGCGGUAUUGGCACGUGAUCAUUGAAAGAGCUGUAGAGUGACUAAUGUAGAAAACCUAGAUUGUUAACCCCCAUUAAGAUGGAUUGAAGGCGUUAAAUGCAGAUUGCGACAAGGUCGCCAGUUCGAAUCCCAAUGAGUCUUAUUUUCCAACCUUAACCACAUUUCUCAUUUGACGUUCUAAAUGACUAGACUGAACAGCUUUAUACAUGUGGAAACAUGUGGCACCCUCCCUCAUGCUGCUGCAGUGGACUAGAAACUGGGAUAGGGACCAGAAGGCCACAGGUUCUAAUCUUUCCCAAGCCCUUUUAAUGGUCUACACUGGUCUAAAAAAUAAUAAUAAAGUGCACAAUCCCAUCAGGACACAGAAUGCAUGUUAGAACCGGGGAUAAACUGACAAAACCACAAUAAGGGCUCUAUUCAAUAUGUAUCAAGCGUUUCAGAUUGAGCCGAAAUAUGCAGCGUUUACCAUGAAUGCAGUCUUCGCCAACACGGGAACAUUGCCUUUACAUUUUAAUCACGCUGUAACGCUGAACUUCAGCAGUACAGAUGAAAUAGAAUCCUACUCAUGUUGAACUCUUGCUGUUACGGAGAACUUUCUUUGCAGAUUGUCAAUGUUAUUGAAAAUGACAAUUCAUAUCUGGAAACCUUAGCAAACAAAUGUCAAAUAAAGUAUAUUGAGUCUCUUCAA